GAGACGCUGCUGUCUCUUUAAUAAAAAGUUCAACGUCCAACAAAGUCUGCGAGGUUCCAAAAUGGAUUUGAAAGAGCUGGCUGCUAACGCGUUGGCCCAGAAUAAGAAAGCGGCUCUUCUUUUCGGCGCAGCCGGAGCUGCACUUCUGGGAUUUGGACUCGGAUAUAAAUACAUGCGAAAGCCAGAAAAAGCCGUUCGUGUGGGCGUAGUGUCGCAGAUCGUCAUUCACCCUCUCAAAUCGGGCAAAGCGGUGCCUGUGAGUUUUGCAGAAUGCCAGAAAAUGGGGCUGAAGUCUGGAGAGCUGGAGGAUCGACACUGGCUGGUGGUGACAGAGGAAGGCAACAUGGUGACGGGCAGACAGGAGCCCCGUCUGGUCCUGGUGUCUUUGUCCUGCAGGGGGGGUCAUGCUUAUUUGAAUGGACCAGACAUGGAGGAGCUGAAGUUCCCAGUUAAACAGCCUGAUAACCCCAUCCUCAACUGCAGAGUGUUUAGCAAGGACAUUCAGGGCAGAGACUGCGGUGACAAAGCAUCUCAUUGGCUCACCAGUUACUUUGGGGACGAGAAAACCUUUCGCUUGGUGCAUUUUGAGCCUGACAUGAAGCCAAGGAGGCCAGCUGAGAGUGAGCCUCUUUUCCCUAAGUUUGAGGUGGCGUACCCAGAUUAUGGACCAGUGAUGCUGCUGUCUGAGGCAUCUGUUAAGGAUCUCAGCAGCAAAUUGGAUCAGGAGGUCACCACAGAGCGCUUCCGUCCGAGCAUUGUGAUAGGCGACUGUGAACCUUUUGAUGAGGAUUCUUGGGAAGAGAUCCAGAUUGGCAGCGUGAGGCUGCAGCGUGUAAUGUCAUGUGGAAGGUGCAUUAUGACCACAGUUGACCCCGAGACGGGUAUGAUGAGCAGAAAAGAGCCGCUGGAAACACUGAAAAGCUAUCGACUGUGCAAACCAUCAGAGAAACACCUCUACAAAAUGGCUCCGUUGUUCGGACAGCUGCACACUGUCAAGAAGACGGGCAUCCUGCACGUUGGCGACGAGGUCUACAAGAUCACCCGUUAAAUUUAGAAACAUUAUGACAGGAUUCAGAGAGCAGGAGAAGUGUUUGAUAUUGGCACACAUGGCAAAUCACAGCGUUUAGUACAUAAAGUGCUGAAAGAAUGUAGAAUUUAAAUAAAAUUGUAUAGAACAAAGAUACUAUUUUCAGUGUUAAUCGUUGAUAAGAUCAUGAAGAAGCUGUAAUUAUGUCUUUUUGCUGUAGUCAAUUUAGUGUUCAUCAGCCGAGUUGCAUUUAUAUCUCAGUCACUAUUGAAACAUGAAUAAAAAGCAUUCCUAACA